UGGCAGCUGGCUCCCCCUCCCCUUCCCGCUCCAGCUGCCCGGAGCACUCCGACGCCAUCGCCCGCUUCUCCCUCCCUCCCUUGGGGGGCGGGGGCUAUGGAGGUCUCCAUCCCGUCCUUUCGCUACGAGGAGAGCGACCUGGAGAGAGGAUACACGGUCUUCAAAAUAGAAGUGCUCAUGAGUGGAAGAAAACAUUUUGUGGAAAAAAGAUAUAGCGAGUUUCAUGCUCUGCAUAAAAAGCUCAAGAAAUUCCUAAGAACUCCAGAAAUCCCUUCCAAGCAUGUUAGAAACUGGGUCCCCAAAGUCCUGGAGCAAAGACGCCAAGGUUUGGAAGCGUAUUUACAGGCUGUGAUUUUAGAAAAUGAAGAGCUUCCAAAAAUAUUUCUUGAUUUCCUAAACGUGCGGCAUUUGCCCUCUCUUCCAAAGGCAGAAAGUUGCGGGUCAUUCGAUGAAACAGAAUCAGAAGAGUCGAGCAAACUGUCCCACCAGCCUGUGCUGCUGUUCCUAAGGGAUCCAUAUGUCUUGCCUACAGCCAACGAUGAUUUUCCCAACGUAGUUAUUGAAGGAGUUCUCCAUGGGGUUUUUUAUCCUCAUCCACAGGCUAGGUAGAAAUCCUGUGGGGCCAAAGGAAGCCGAAGCAAGUUUCAAAGUCAUAGUCAAGAAAUCAGCAUCAACCUCAUUACCAAACCCCUGUGACCUACCAGCUCAGCAGGAAAAGCUUGGUCCCAACUAAUUCCAGGCAGUGGGUGUUUCUGUUCAAAUGGGGCUUGUCCCAAAUUCUAGUGGUGGGAGGAACAUUCUAAUGGUGGGAGGUGGGCAUAGCUGACCGUGCAAGAGCACAGAAAAAAAAGAGCCCCCACCCCCCACCUAAUAUUGCUCGUAUGAUGUGGCAAAAUAGUCUGUUUCAGUAACAUCAUGCUAAAGGAGUCAUACACUGAACACUAAUACUACUAACUGAGGUAGAUAAGCUUUUCUAACCUCCUUCUGUAAUGGAUUUAACUUAAACUAGCCCUUAGUACUGUACAACUUUUCCCAGUUUCGUCCAUCGCUGGCAGUGGGUACAGCGGAAGGGCUGGCUCCGAAGAGAAUCAUUACGAGGACACUGCAGUAAAUAAAUGAAAAGGGAACGGAGGAAGUGAUUGGGCUGGAAAUGUUUAAUGCCUCAGAAAUAUUGUGGAAUUCUAAACUUACCAUUCCUAUCUUUGUGACACCUGCUUGGUGGUCUUUAGGUGUUUCAGUUAGAAAUCACUUUCAUUCAUGCUUCUUCAAAUGGGUGGGUACUGAGCUCCCCUGUGGCAUUAUAUAUAGAAGCAAUUUUAACACUGAAAUCAUGCGGACCUCACUCUGUGAUUACUUCUAAUCAUUGUCUCGAAAUCUCUGCCCACUCCCCACAGCACGCCUUCUAAAAUGGGGGUUUUGAAAAAAAUAUAUAUAUACACGCCCCUGAGGGGAAGACAAGCAGGAUUAACAAAAUCCUAUCAGCCUGAAAUAAUGGAGCACUCACUAAUUGCUUGUGUAUAACUGGAUAUUGGGCUGUAAAAUAAACUGAAAUACAAGAAUAUA